AUGAAGCUCGACAUUCGGUCUAAGGACCUGCUCCGCAUUCUACUCUCUCCCACUCUAUGGUUUGACGUGUACUGGCCGGCCUCGCGCAAGUAUUUCUUCAACCUUCUAUUCAUCGGUGUAAUCAGCGCCAAACUACUCCACAUUUACUCUCACCUGAAUUCAUUAUCCAUCGGCCAAUUCCUUCUUUGGGGCCCUACUUUCUUCUUACAGGAUGUCAUUUGCAUUCUCAUUGCGCUCUUCCUGACUCAAAAUUUUGGCCGGAGAUGGAUGCAUGUGCUGGCUGCAUUGACAGCUAUUCCUGGAAGUGUGGCAAUCUCCGGCCUGGCCGCGGCUAAUAUCUCCUUCUACUUCCAAACCGGCGCCGAGAUCCAUUGGCGACAAGCACAUUACUUCCAUCGCGAUCCCGCUGCGAUCAAAACCCUCCUCACCGGGUUAACGGGGAUGCUCAUCGUCGAAAUCGCCUUCAGCGCACUCGCCUGGCUGUCGACUCCGCGCUUGUACAACGCAAUAUGGAUUCCUGUGCGCAUCCUCAAAUCGAUCGCGACCCCCCUUCCCUGUUGGAAACGAAAGAUGGCAGCAGGCCCCAGGAGUUAUGAACAGGUAACUCAUCAGGACUGGGAUGAGGAGGAUCUUGAGUCCGAGGCGAUGCUGGGGUCAAACAAAUCUCACACGUCAAGCGGGGCCCGACCUUCUCUUUUACUACGCAUAGUGGUGGGAUCAGUCGCGACCUUGGUUCUGGUGCUGCGCUGCGUUCGUCCGUCGGAUACAGCAUAUUCUUUUCUCUCACAAACGGUGAUCGUGACCCCUUUUGAGAAACCCCCAGUUCAUCAACAGACAUCGUCUGUCGAUCUUCCGCCAUUGGACGGUGACUACACUUGGCUUUAUAAUCAUACAGCGUUGAAUACGCCCUCCAAGUUGGAUUGGCUACCAAAAAAGAAACUGGCAGGAUUCCGAGACUGGUACGCAGCAACAAGCGACAACGGUGCUUUACAUUACGAUCCAAACAAGGAUCCUCUCAAAAUCAGCAACCUCGACCGAGAGAUUCUCGGCGACGUUCACAUCAAACAUGUCUUUCUCCUCAAGCUGGAAAGCACCCGAAACGACGUCUUCCCUUUGCGCAAGGAGUCCCACCUGGCCAAACUCAUUCGGGAAUCCUUCUCAGGUACAAUUCCGGAUGAAGUCGAGGAAAGACUUGCGAAUCUGACCAGGAAUGCCGAGAGAUUCACCAACACACCAUCUGGAUUCGACCGAUACGACGUUGAACCGUACGGGGGUUUUCACAUGACCAAUGCCUACACCGGCGAUACCUUCACCCUCAAGAGUAUCCUGGCUAGCACGUGUGGUAUCGCACCUUUGGUCGUCGAUUUCAAUCGCGAGUAUCUUCACCACAUGUACGAGCCUUGUAUGCCGCAGCUGCUCAGUGCUUUGAACUCGCUAUCCAACAAUACGAAAGUGGCGAAGAAGUCGGAUGACUACACCACUUGGCCCUGGCACUCGACUUUCAUGCAGAGUAUCGAUGAUAACUACGACAAUCAGAAUCUGCUCAUUCCGGCGAUGGGAUUCCAGGACAAGGUAACAGACAAGACGAUCACCAAGGAUUGGGAGCAGAAAUAUGGCAAGGGGCCUGAGAAGUUUAACUUCUGGGGCUAUCCUGAACAUGAACUGCGACACUACUUCUCCAAAGCUCUCAAACACGCCGAAAAGCACCAUGAGCGUCUGUUCAUUACUCAUUUGACAGGGCAAACCCAUCACCCGUGGGAUAUGCCGCCAGGCCAAGACUACGAGGAGUUGAUUCAUUCUAAUGUAUUCAAUCAUAACAAAAAUGUCAACCGAUACCUCAACACUAUCGGCGUCGCAGAUAAAUGGCUGGGGGAGUUGAUAGAGGUACUCGAAGAGCAAGGUGUUGCCAAUGAGACUUUGAUUGUGAUGGUGGGCGACCAUGGCAUCUCUCUCAUUGAAGAUGGCGGCGUCACGCCUUACGACAAUCCGCACGUCGCCAACUUCCAUGUGCCCAUGGUUUUCUCUCACCCGCAGCUACCACCGAUCAACAUCGACGGGCGUGUUACCUCUCUUCAGAUUCUCCCCACGAUUCUCGAUCUUCUAGUUGAGUCCGCUUCCUUGAACGAAAGGGCAACCCACGCGAUCAAGGAUCUCCUUCCUCUCUACGAAGGACAAUCAAUGAUUCGAGAGCUCGUGCCCGAGAAGGAUGGUACUCUUGACUGGCAAUUCACCGUCAUGAACACUGGCGCCACAUGGCUAGCCCUUCGAUCCGCGCCUAAGCCAUACCGCAUCGUGAUCCCAAUGGUCCCUGAUGUGGAAUGGCGCUUCUCGGAUGUCGACCUCGAUCCGCACGAGGAGAAGACCCUUCAGUCCUUCACCUUGCCUCCAUUACUAGAGCAAGUGGCAAUAGUUCAUGGAGAAGAAGCCGUUCAAUGGAUCAAAGAUGCAGCACACGUUGCUCAAUGGUGGGUGGCCGAGAACUGGAGUCGCUAUGAGUUUGUUCCCGAGACUUAG